AACGCGCACCUUCAAUCAUAGAGCGUAAGCAUUACGCAGCACUUUUGGCGAUAUUUGCUUUUUUUCGCUCUUCGCACUCUACACAUUACAAAGCGUUGAAAAUGGGUGAAACCGCUCCGGAAGUCAAACCAGCCUCACCGCCAGAAUGGGUUACCAGUGCCUAUUUGGAGACGAUUUUGCGCAAAUUCGAAGGGGACAAAGAUUUGCACGUCACCGGCAUGGAGAGCACACCGGUUGGUAAACCGGGCGAAUAUUUGGCCAGCCAGCUGUUUCGUGUCACCGUCCAUUACCGUGGAACCAAGCGGAACGAAACGGAUGGUGGGGAGGGUAGUGCUAAAAAAUUGGUGAUCAAAAUUCAACCCGACAAGGGUGUUAUGGCCGACACGAUGGAUGGUACAUUGUUUAAAACGGAACUGAAAAUGUACGGUGAAAUUCUGCCCAAGAUGGAACGCCUGCUGGCUGACAAUGAACGUCAAGUGCCGCUACCGAAAUGUGUCCAUGUUAGUGCAACGCCCCAGCCCAUCAUCGUUCUGGAGGAUCUUGCACCGGACGGUUGGAAGGGACACGAUCUGAUCGAAAGCUUCGAAGAGGUGAAACCAAUCACGAUCGCUAUCGCACGCUUUCAUGCGGCUUCAUUCUAUCUCAGCAAAAACAAGACAGAUUUUGAAGAGUUCCAAACCGACCUGUUCAAAAACAAGCAUCCCGUGCUUGAAUGGAUGUUUGGCAACAAUCUAAAAGCCUUCAUUGAGUCCCUGCGUACCUGGUCCGGUUGCGAACGGUUUGUGAAGCCGUUCGAGCGUGCCUACGCUGACUAUUGCGAUCGGCUGCACGAUAUCUACUGCUGCAAAACACCCGGCCGGCUGUACAAUGUACUGAACCAUGGCGAUUUUCAUGCUAAAAAUCUGCUGCACCAGUUCAACGACGAGGGCGGUAUUGCCGAAUCACGGUUUCUCGACUUUCAGGCCUGCUGUUGGUCUACGCCCGCGAUCGACCUGUACUACCUGCUGAACAAUAUCGUACACUACAAGGUUAAGGCGGCCCACAAGGAGGAGAUCAUUUCCUUCUAUCAUUCCGAGUUUACUGCCGCACUGAAAGCGAUCGGGUACCUGGGCUACAUCCCGACAAUGCUCGAUCUGCAGAUUGAGCUGCUGCGGAACGGGUUCCUUGAUAUUCUGCACUACACCUGCUUCCUACAGUUUCGCUUUUUCGACUUCACCAAAAUUCCCCCGGAAAAGCUUGCCACCGGACAGGUGGGUAAUCUGGGGCUGGAGAGUGAAGAGUACCAAACGCUGAUGAAAUCAUUAAUUCCUGGCUAUGUGUACAAAGGCCUUUUGGAAAACCCUCGCGAGUUUGAAGCGGAACUUUCCCUUUCGUGUUGCUUUAACUUUUCGUUUGCCGUUGGGGCGUACAGUCUGCUUAAGAUACUCGCCCGUGACAGGAUGCAUUUAGCCAACAAGGAUCCAACGACCUGGCUUACCGGUCAGCUUUUCCAGAAGGCGCUGAUCCAAUACACCACCGAUCGCGGGUUGGAGGUGGAAGACGUUCAUCUGGCAGUGCAUGGUAACGCUGCCCAGCAGUACGCCAGCACGAUCUAUCGGGCGUGCGUGAGCUAUCGUAGCCGUGGGAAAACGGAAUCGAUCAAACUGAUCGUGAAACUGGUCGCUUCGAAAGUAAACAGCCUAGCGGACGAGCUAACGUUCGACACUGAGCUGAAGGUGUACCGGGACUAUCUGUCCAAGAUGGAAACAAUGCUGGGCGGUGAUGCGAAGGCGUUCAAGUUUGGUCCAAAGCUAAUCUACUCCGCCGACGAUCCAGUGCCGCAUCUGAUUUUGGAGGACUUGGCGAGCCAGCAGUUCGUGCACAGUUGCAAGCUGCUCGAUGUGGACGAUGCAAAGAUUGUGUUAAUUAAAUUGGCCCAAUUCCACGCGACAUCAUACAGUUUAACCAACACUAGUGCGGCCAAUUCUCUGGACGCAUUAAACAACGGGUUGUUUAAACAGAAACCCUCGGAAGGUGUAAAGUUUAUGUUGGAAAACUUUACCCUCUUCGCGGAGGUGCUAUCGCAAUGGGAUGGAUACGAGAAGUAUGCGGAACGUUUGAAGAGCAUUCAACCAACGUUUAUGGAGCGUGGUGCAGCGAUAUACAGGGGCCGAGGGUUCGGAUUCCAUGUGCUCAACCACGGCGAUUUUCAUUACAAUAAUAUGCUGUUCAAGAUGGACCAAGAUCGUCGAGUGGAAGAUACAGUAUUCUACGACUUCCAGCUCAGCUGUUGGACCACGCCGGCAGUGGAUCUUCUUUACUUUCUCUACUUCAUCUGCAACCGUAAGACGCGUGACUCCCAGCGACAUGCCCUGAUACAGCUAUAUCAUCAGGAGUUUACGCGCACCCUGGACACGGUCGGAUACAUGGGAAAAGUUCCAACGCUGCUGGAUAUAAAUUGCGACCUGCAGCGCGCUGGAUUCCUGGAGGUUGUUCUGGCGAUCUGUUUUGUACCGUUUCUGUUUGCCGAUUACAACCAAACUCUCAAUGUGUAUGGUAACGAGGAGGAGGCCCGUGCGUAUCGUCGCGCACUCUACAAUGGUUCUCAGUUUAAGGAAGUUAUUCUUCCCCUUCUACCCUACUUUCUAUACAAAGGUUACUUAGAUUAGCAAACGGAGAAAUCAUUGCAAUAAAGUGACACACGCACAUUA